UUUUGCUUUAUUAAAUUCAGCAAAGCAUCCAAAUGCCUGAAGACUGCCUGGUUUCAAGAACUUACCAAGGCAGAAACACGCCACAUGAAUGAUGAUUGGCUUUUUGCGCGUCAGUUGCGCUACUACUGCUCACUGCUCUUCGCGGGAGCAGUGUUCAUCCAAGGAUCAAGUUCCAUAAUGGUCAACACAGUGAAGCCAUACGGCCGAGACAUGACUCUUGAUAGUCAUUUCAAACGACGUCUCCCCGGCGUCCCUUCAUCUUACCCGGCUGCCGAAGGCCGUUAGGGGUAUUUGCAACUGCUGACAAUCCCAUCAAACGAUGGUGAGUCAAAGCUUCUUAUCGGGACACGAAGUUGCAAUUGCUGGUGACGUCCAGCAUGCGGCUGGAUAUCGCAUCCAUCAACUUGGGUCCAGUUACAACUCAUUUUACGCCCACAGCCAAUACGAGGGUCUUUCUGGAUAAGACGUCCAUUGUCGCCGCAAACGCAGUGCUGGAGGAUGAAGCAUGUACUUCAGCACAAACCAUUCCAGUCCUCUAUCAAUUAAAACAGCCUUCGACCAUCUGGACGUUGUCGCGCGAAGAUUCAAACCAAAUGACGCCGUCAACGGAUAAAUUAUCGUCUUCACUGUUUUCACGUAUUGCCGUAUUAGUUAUAAAGCACGGAAGAGGAGCCACACUUCAGGCAACGGAUAUCCAGGAUAUCGUCGCGGAAGUCAAAGCUUCCAACUUGAAUUCGCUGUUGACAGAUCUCGCGAACACCAUUGUCACAGCGCUCAAACGAGCGAAUGACAAAAAGGUAGCCUGGUUGCAUAAUGCAGCAUACGAUUGA